CUGUGGCCGUUUUAGCGCCGAGGUUUUGCCGUCAGCUGUGAGCCGUACGCACCACGCAAGAAAUCGGUAUGUUCUGUAGUGCCUGAGCCAUGCCGCGAUAUCGGCAAAACCAUUGCUACGCGCCUGGGUGCCAAACAGGCUACGUGUUCGUAAAGGGUGGGCCGAAGCUGUCGUUGUUUGGCGUCCCGAAGGAUGAGAACAGGCGUAAAGAAUGGGAGAGGAACCUGCGCAGAGCGGACAAGCCCCUGGAAGACACCAGCGCAGUGUGCGAGCUCCACUUCGAGCCGCGUUAUGUGCUCAGAGACUAUGUACAUAUUAUCGAGGGAAAAGAAGUGCGGAUACCUCGUGGGAGACCCAUUCUCCGUGCUGAUGCUGUGCCGACGCUUCUACCGAAUCUGCCAGCUUACCUGAGUAAAAAGCCGACACAAGAGAGGACCGCUCGUAAGAGGAAACGAUCGGAAUCUUCAGGCGGACAGUUGAAGCCCGCAUUCUGUCCUUCUGACAAUGCGGUGUCUGGGCCGUUUGCACACACCGACGAUGCUGUUGAUGCAGGCUGUGAAGAAUGUCCACAAGCGUCUACAUCUCCACCAUCUGAUGCUGUGAAUAAGUUUUAUUUCAACCUAGAAGUGCCUUCACCGUACUGGAACAAGCACAGUUUUCCUGGCCACGCCGGUGUCGUAUACUGCACGGCCGCGUUGAUCACUAACGCCGAAGUACUCUCCGAGGAGGUGGUAAUGUUUUCAGAGUCUGAAUGUGCCGCAUACUGCAAAGUGCUUGCUAGAGACGUUUUGAUAAAGGAAGGGCCGGUGCAUAGAAAAACGGAGGCCGAGGACGAGUUGAGAAAGACUGAUCGGAUGCAGCUAUGUGUGGGUGCAAUGAGACUCGAGGACUAUGAUGACGCUCUCUUCACAACUAAGCUGAGGGACCACGUGUUGACGCGCCAAGGACUGUACUUCAGCAGGAAGUGCCUAGGCCAGGUGCCUAAAGAAGGAACUCCAUGCGUUUCCUGUCGGUACCUAAGGCGAGCUUUGUUGACACGCCGAAGCCGAGUGCAGCGUAGGAACACAAAGGCACGCCUCAACAUUGCCCAGAAACUUAAAACAGCAGUAAGAAGAAACAAGCGGCUUUCCACUCGUCUCUCUGAUACAAGGGAGAGCCUUGCGAAACUGCAACAGCAAGCUGCAGCAAAAAAUGCAGAUGUUCUCCAGGAACAGAUUGGGAGCCUGCCUACCCAUCAGCAAGAAGCUGUUAAACACUGCUUUGCAGCAUCUAAAGUCAAACCUAAUGGUCUUCGAUACAGCAAGAGCUGGCUUCUCGACUGCAUCAUAAUGAAGAUGAAGGGUCCCCGCUUGUACGAACAGUUGCGUAAAAACAAAAUUCUUGCCCUGCCAAGCAAAUCAACUCUCAAACGUUAUGUAUCUGUUUACCGUACACUUUUUGGCUUCAAUGAGAAAAUCCUGAAGAAAUUGAAAAGUAAAACAGCGGAGCUCGACGUCAGCAAGAGGCACGGGGGAUUGCUCAUCGAUGAGCUGAAACUUUCUGAGAGUUUGUCUGUUAGGAGCAGUGGUACAAUUGAAGGCUUUGUAGACUUGGGCCCGUUUACCACACAAAAGGACAAGAGCACUCCAUCUGACCAUGGUAUGGCGGUACUUUUUGUUCCAUUCCAAGGAAAAUGGAGUCAGGUCAUAGGCUGCUUCGCAACGAAUGGCAACAUGAAAGCAGAUAUUCUCGCCAAGGUUGUUGUAGAGGCCACAAUACUAGCAGAAAAAUGUGGGCUGUUUGUCGAUUUCAUAACUGAUGGGGCAAGCUGGAAUCGAAAGAUGUGGAGGAUGAUGGGAAUACAUGCCACUGCUAGUUCGAUUAAGUGCAAGGUCCAGCACCCUUCUGACCCAAAGCGGUACUUGUUCAAUUCAGACUUUCCACAUCUUAUCAAAUGCCUCCGGAACUCCCUGUUGAAGAGCGGCUUCAACACUCCAGCUGGCCAUGUCAGCAUUCGGCCAGUGAGGGAAGCCUACAAGAUUGAUGCCAAUAACGUGACCCUCAAGGCUAUGCCCGGAAUCACCGAGUGCCAUCUCAAUCCAAAUGGCUUUGAAAAAAUGAGAGUGAGCAUCGCGUUUCAACUGUUCGGUGCGAAAGUCCUGCAGGCUUUCCACCUCUACAGGAAUGAGCUGGACAAGAUAUUUGGAACCAUCAAUGCCACCCAGGAAUUCUUCAGCAAGGUGAGCCAGUUGAUAUCAGUGAUGACAUCACAGUAUGCUGCUGAAGCUCUCCGGCCAGGCUCCUUGAAAGCAGAAACCCUGAAGGACUUCCUGUCGUAUUUUGAUCAAUGGGAAAGGCAUGCCAUGGGAACUGGUGGAUUUUUAAGCGACUCCACAGCAGCCGGCUUGCGUGUCACCAUUUCAAGCACUCUCGAAUUGCUUGCCUACUUAACAUCCAAGGUUGGAUACAAAUACUUAAUGACAUCAAGGACCAGCCAGGACCCACUCGAGAAUUUCUUCGGAAUUGUAAGACAGGCUUCUGGCAAUAAUGAUCACCCAACUCCAACACAGUUCCUAAUCACUGUGAAUUGCCUCUCAUUUUAUGGUCUGGUUAGGUCUGUUAGCAAUGGAAACUGCGAGGAGGGUACUCUGGCCGCCUUACUGGAAGUUGACUCGCUCGAAUCAUCGACUGAUAGAGAGGAGUGCAGUCAAACUGCUGCAGGGGCGUAG